GCCUGCUUCCAGCCGGAGGAAGAGGGAACCCCUUAAAGCCGGGGUCACACCUCCUCAGGUGCCUGCGUGACCCGAGGGGCCCACCCGGGGUGCAGAGGGGACCCCCCGGAGGCACAGAGCUGGAAGGCGGUGUCGGUCCAUUGCCAGAACCGGCCUCUGCCCCUGGGCCUCUUUAGGUUGGAGGCUAAGCAUGGGGAAGAGCUGCAAGGUGGUUGUGUGUGGCCAAGCAUCUGUGGGCAAAACUUCAAUCUUGGAGCAGCUUCUGUACGGGAACCAUGUAGUAGGUUCUGAGAUGAUUGAGACCCAGGAGGAUAUCUACGUGGGCUCCAUCGAGACAGACCGGGGAGUACGCGAGCAGGUGCGUUUCUAUGACACCCGGGGACUUCGAGACGGGGCUGAGCUGCCCCGGCACUGCUUCUCCUGCACCGAUGGCUACGUCCUGGUCUACAGCACAGACAGCCGAGAGUCCUUCCAGCGUGUGGAGUUGCUCAAGAAGGAGAUUGACAAAUCCAAGGACAAGAAGGAGGUUACCAUCGUGGUCCUUGGCAAUAAGUGUGACUUGCAGGAGCAGCGACGUGUAGACCCAGAUGUGGCUCAGCAUUGGGCCAAGUCAGAGAAGGUGAAGCUGUGGGAGGUUUCAGUGGCUGACCGCCGUUCCCUCUUGGAGCCCUUCGUCUACCUGGCCAGCAAGAUGACCCAACCCCAGAGCAAGUCUGCCUUUCCCCUCAGCCGCAAGAACAAGGGCAGUGGCUCCUUGGAUGGCUGAACACCCGCUGUUCUUUCUUCCCUUUCCCAACCCUUUUCCAGCUUCUGGGGGCUCCUAAAGAUGGAUUGAUAGCAAGGGGUACAUAGGCAAGCUUUGGGGGGCACACUCCAGGCAGGCAGCUGGACCAACAAAAGUGGCCUCCUCUCAACUCUAGGGAGUGGAGGGAGAGGCACUCAUAGGUCACCUUCCCUUCCAUCUGCCCUGGGAAGGAUGAUGAGCUCCCAUACAAAGUGCCCAAUCACAGGUCUGUGCCUAGUACAAGGGUCCCAACCCUCUGCAUUUCCUGCCGGUAAUAUGUAUCUAAAGCAUCUAAAGCACCUGCCUGGACUUGGGAAAGGCAUGCUGGUGAUAGGGGUGGCUCCUCAUCCCUCACCCUGACCUUCCCCCUAGCCAGGCCUUGGCUAG